CAGCGUCCUCAAAUUAAGGUGGUCACCGAGCAGAAUUACAUUUUAACUUUUAAUGCAAUAUUUAAGAACAUUUGUGUUUUUUUCCCCCAAAUAAAUUAUGCUUCAUCAAUACCACCUGUGUUGUGGUGCAACUAAUUUUUUUCUUUGAUCUAGACCUAGAAAUCUAGAUCUAGGCUUUACUGUGUCAGUAGAGUGUGUGAUUUUGAAGAGACGAGGCCUGUGUAGUUUUCCGUUGUGUGUCUAGAGAUCUAUUUAUCUGGCUGUGUUGUGUCUUGUCAAAAUGGAUGUCGAAGUACUCAUUGCGUGCGUGUACAAAAGAAGCCCUAUUUGGGAUAAACGUCAUAAACUGCAUGCCAACAGGAAUGUAAUCGACAAAUUAUGGACAGAGAUUGCAGCAGAAAUGAAAUGUGAAGGAUCUACUCUGCGGAAAAAAUGGAAGUAUCUGCGGGACAACUUUUCCGCUGAGUACAGCAAGCGACCUGUUAGUCGAUCUGGCGACGGCGCUGACAACUACCCUCAAUCAAAAUGGACAUAUUUCAGAUCAUUACUUUUUCUUAAAGAUAUUGUUGCUCCAAGGGCCUGCUCUGGCUCUAUCGAGUCAACACCGCUGCCAGUGCCAGCAACACCAGGUGGCACAUGCGAUGAACAACCUCAACUUUACAUAGAUAAUGCUGAAGAGGGACAAAGUGUAUUAGAUCUAGAGUCAAUUCUCGUAGAGGGCAGCGUGGCUGCAGAAUCACAAGAGUCGACUGAGCAAUUUCCGGCCGUGGAAAGAGUCAUCGAGGAAACAGAUGGGAGGCAAGUUCAGUUUACUGGUGGCGCUGGUACUUUCCCCAAAACCCCAUCAACUUCACGGGCGAUGAAAAGAAAGAGUCGACAGGAUGACCACUACCAGCAGAGAAUGUGUGAUAUAGAAGAGAGAAAAUUACAGUACCUAUUCGACAAACAGGCGAGGAAAAGAGACAACGAGGAUGCUGAUACCGACUUAAUGUUCUUGAAGACACUGCUGCCCCAUAUCAGGCUGAUACCGCAGCACAUGAAGUUGAGAUUUCAGAGUAAAGUGCAGGCAGUGAUUGAAGAAUUUGCCUACAGUAACAAUCAGAACUUUUCUCAAAUACAUGUGCAAACAGAAUCACUCUAUCAGAGCUACUCUACAUCACAUUCACCAUCACUUUCUCAUUCCCCUUCUCCAACCACUUCUUUUGAUUCUGCACAACAGUUGAGACAUUGGUAACAAACAAUAGUAUUGAUGAAAUGUGCCAGAAAUGACUUUCAAUUUUUGUUCAUUCUAUUUUUUCUCUUGCCGUAUUUAGUUCAAAUCACAUUAUGUACAUUGUAGGCCUAUGUCAGUCAGGUAUGGUUUGACAAGGAAGUUUUCUUUAAGGAAGUUUUCUUUCUUUCUUUCUUCCCUCUUAUCUGUUGGUAAGACGUCCGCAAUCAACGCAGUCAUUUUUUUGCUAAAGAUUUUUAAAAUCAGGAUUUUUUAAAAAUCUGUAGAUCUAGAUCAAACUGAAUAUUUUUAAAAUCAAAAGUUCAUUUAAAAUUAUGAUUUUUUACCCAAAAAGUUCAAUUGAUUGAAAUAAAAUAUUGGAUAAUGAGCGUAAGUUAUGGUAGGCUACUAUAACUAUGAUUCCUUUUCGUAAGGUAACAUAUCUCAGGUGUAGAUCUAGAGGUAUGUUAUUCAAAAAUGAAGUAGUGGUCUUCAUGAAGUACAUGUAUUUCAUUUCUUUUCGUUUCUAUGUAACAGGAAAGCGUACAUAAAGCAUUGUGUGUCCUGAAUUUUUAAUUAAAACUAAAAAAGAUCUAGUCUAGAUCUAGAUCUAAUAUAAAA